AGUGACUGGGGGCCACGUGACUCUCAUGGGCUGGAAGAAAAACAGAGCCAGUCCGCUUUGGAGGCUCAUUGGAUUCAAAUAUUCAUUUUCGGAGCCGCUCCGCAGUCCCAGCCCCGGCAGCCAAGCGCCUCCGAGCCCCUGAGCUUUUCCACCCGUUUGUUCCAGAUUGGCUGGCAAGAAUCAUGGACUGUUUUUACAUGCCUUGUUUGCUGUCAAGACACCAUGAUUCCUGGUAACCGAAUGCUGAUGGUCAUUCUGUUAUGCCAAGUUCUGCUAGGAGGUACUAACCAUGCCAGUUUGAUACCCGAGACGGGGAGGAAGAAAGUUGCAGAACUCCAGGCGCAAGCAGGAUCUGGACGCCGCUCUGGGCAAAGCCAUGAACUCUUGCGGGGUUUCGAGGCGAGUUUGCUGCAGAUGUUCGGGCUCCGAAGGCGGCCCCAGCCCAGCAAAGCAGCCGUCGUCCCCGCGUACAUGCUGGACCUCUACCGGCUGCAGUCCGGGGAAGAGGAGGAAAGCCUGCAGGACAUCAGCCUGCGGUACCCCGAGAGAUCGACUAGCCGGGCCAACACCGUGAGGAGUUUCCACCAUGAAGAACAUCUGGAGACCCUCCCCGGGCCCAGCGACACCCCCCGCUUUCGCUUCCUCUUCAACCUCAGCAGCGUGCCGGAGAACGAGGUGAUCACCUCGGCCGAGCUGCGGCUGUACCGGGAGCAGCUGGAAGCGCAGAGCCCCGCGUGGGAACGGGGCUCGCACCGGAUCAACAUCUACGAAGUGAUGAAGCCGCUGCCGGCCCGCGGGCAGGUGAUCACGCGGCUGCUGGACACGCGGCUGGUGCAUCACAACGUGUCCCGGUGGGAGAGCUUCGACGUGAGCCCCGCCGUCCUCCGCUGGACCCAGGACAAGCAGCCCAACCACGGGCUGGCGGUGGAGGUGACCCCGCUGCAGCCGGCCCGGCCAGGGAGCCACGUCAGGAUUAGCCGAUCUUUACCUCAAGGAGACGGGGACUGGGCCCAGCUGAGGCCGCUGCUGGUCACUUUCAGCCACGACGGCAGGGGCCACGCACUGACCCGCCGGGCCCGCCGCAGCGCCAAGCACCCGCGGCCCCGCAAGAACAAAAAAAACUGCCGCCGCCAUGCGCUCUACGUGGAUUUCAGCGACGUGGGCUGGAACGACUGGAUCGUGGCCCCCCCGGGCUACCAGGCCUUUUACUGCCACGGGGACUGCCCCUUCCCCUUGGCCGACCACCUCAACUCCACCAACCACGCCAUCGUGCAAACCCUGGUGAACUCCGUGAACGCCAGCAUCCCCAAGGCCUGCUGCGUGCCCACGGAGCUCAGCGCCAUCUCCAUGCUGUACCUGGACGAGUACGACAAAGUGGUCCUGAAAAACUACCAGGAGAUGGUGGUGGAGGGGUGCGGGUGCCGUUAACCCCCCCCUUCCCCUCCCCAGGACUGCGUGUUCCCGCUGGACCCUGAUCUUAAACUAAACGUUCACCUUGACCUUAUUUAUGACUUUAUGUGCAAAUGGUUUGACAAUAAUGAUCCUAUAUUUUGACAAAAUAUAUUUAUAACGA